CGAGCGCUUCUUCUGGAGCUCUCGCAAAAUGGGAAGAAUCAGUUUGGGCCCUUCGUGUUCUCGAUCAGCAACACUCUCUCGGCGGUGUAACGGGCGAGGAAACGCCGGAGCAAAAAGAGCGAGAUUAGUCGAAGUGGAAGUCGAAGAAAAGGAGGAAGAAAUGAAGGACCGAGGAUUCAGUUGUGAUUUAAGUCUGGAAGAGAGAGAGACCCCAACAUAUUAAUCGUGACACAUGGAACACCAGCAUUUCUUCUGAUUCAUUCUCCGCCUCGUGUUGCCUCUCUGCGCACCGUCAUUUCGUUUUAUUUCAUAUACCUAUCAAUGGUGAGGGGAGCGUUUCUUACAUCUUGCCCUUGUGGUUGUAAAGACAACGGAGACUCGAAGCACCACAAUGGGGCAGCCCUUGAGUAGUGGUCGGAGUUGUUACUGCUGUUGUUGUGAUUAUUAUUAUUUCCUGCGACCGACAUCGUGGGAAAGGUGAUCGACCAGCUAACUAUCUGACGACCCCGGGACUGCACUGUGCUCCGUAACAACCACCUUAUUAUUACGCUCCCCAGGAUUCAGGCAGUGAAACCGGGAGGCACAUCCGGCCAAUCUUAACUGACACACCAAUACUUGCUACAGCAACAAGGAGAAAAAGCAGGUGAGAGGAGCCCAAGAAACAAAUUGCUGUCAAAUACAGGGGAGGUUAAAACUCCCGAGUCUUUGAACCAGCUCGUCCGGUUGAUUCCAGGUGCAUUCCAUGUGACAAUAGCAGCAUUAAUAUGUGUGUUGUUUUUGCUGUGAUAUCAACAACAUGAUUGUGCGAAAAUCUCGGUCUGUGUCGAUAGUUCAAAGAGUGUGUGCAAAUCGAGUCCAGCCAACGACGAGAAACCCCAACGUCGAGCCCUUAUCCUCGAAAUAAUCAUUAUCAUAAUCACGUUUUGCCAUAUCGGCUUGUGUCAGUGGGGCGUCUUUGAACCCAUGUGCUUCAGAUCAGAUUGAGAAGGACGACGGCGACGAAAACGAAGACGGCAAAGAAGACGCUGACGACGAGAACCGUGAUGUCCACGAUGUUAUCCUGGAAAUUCCGCACGUGCCUCUUGGCCAUGUCCCUCUUUGGGGCGUUUGGCACCUCUCAACUCCCUGUUGUUUAUGGUGCGUCUUCCCCGGGUUCCUCAGUACGGGACGAAGUCAAGGCGACGGCAGGAUCCGAGGUCACCUUAGCCUGUGUAGUGAACCAGAACAAGUGCGGGGAGUUCCAUUCCAUCAAAUGGUACAAGGAGAAUCGAAGGGUGUUUGUUUACAGUCCCGUUGCGGAUUUCGCCAAAGCCGAGGGCGAACUCACGGAUCGGGCUGAGCUCUUGGUAGAUGAGGCUGGCGAGGAAGCCAAAUUGAGGCUGAAUUCCAUCAAGACCAGUGACGAGGGUGAAUAUAAAUGCGAGAUCACUUUCCUGGACGUCACGAAGAACUGUCCAGUGGUUCAACUGGUUAAACUGACCACGCUCGCCGAGCCCAAGUACCUGAACAUCUCGAUGCCCGAAACGGGCGACAUCGUCUCGUCCACUUCAUUGGGUCCAUUUAACGAAGGCGAGGAGCUGCGACUGCUCUGUGAAUCCGGUGGGGGAAAACCCAUCCCAAAGGUCACGUGGUACAAUGGAACCGAAAUUAUGUCAGGCAAAGCUAGUUCGUUCGAGAGCCCGGAUGGAACUGGAACAGGACGCAACGAGAUCCGAGUGGUUUUGGAACGAGGCGACUUGGGAUCUCGGUUCACCUGCCAAUCCGAGAAUGAAGCCAUUGUCAAUGCUCCAUUGCAGACGUCGGUUCAAUUGGACGUGAAUCUUCGACCCGAGUCCACCUCCAUAAUUGGUGCCAAUGACCCAGUCCAAGACGGGUCAGUGGUGACCCUCAUGUGUCGCGCCCAGGGCGCCAGACCCGCAGCUUUGAUCACGUGGUACAAUGGGACCGUUCCAUUGGCGGAGGCGCCAACUGAGGAUGUGGCUCUUCAGAAGCCACCUGUAGAGGUCACAGUGAAGCAGGAUGACGAGACCUACGAGACGCAGAGUCGAAUUUCGUUUGUGGCGUCACGGUUCGAAAAUGGUGAAUUAAUCACUUGCGAAGCAAAUAACCCCGUGCUGGAGGACAACCAAGAACAACCUCAGCGAUCAUCCAUCACGUUGCAAAUUCUAUAUGCCCCAUUUGUCGAGAUCAGCCCCACCAACAUAACUGUUUACGAGAGCGACGAAGUCACCAUUUCUUGCCUGGUCGAGGCCAAUCCUCCCGAGUUGAAAAGUGUGCGAUGGUAUCAGGACGGUCAACUGUUGUCCGUAAAUAACCAGACAAAAUAUGAAGGAGGCACAUCCAAGGAGCCCUCCUUGACCAUAAAAUCUGUUGAAAAGGAAGAUAUUGGAGUCUACUCCUGUGUCGUGGAGAACGAGGUGGGCGUGGGAGAAUCUGACAACAUCUCCACGGUGGAUGUUUUCUAUAAGCCCAAGGUCUUAUUGAGAAUGGAUCCACCCUCGCCAGUGAGCGAAACCGACCGUCGAAAUGUGACCUUGUUCUGUGAUAUCGAGGAUGGAAAUCCCUCCGAGUUGACCAGCGUGCGAUGGUACAUGAAUGGCGAACUCCUUCAACAACUUCCCAUCUGUGAGGACGAACUCAAUGAUGAAAACGACCUCUGCGGUAUCGAUCCCAGCAAACUGCUUCUUGAACACGUCACGGUCAAAUUCCACGGAAACUUUUCCUGCGAGGGCGCCAACGAAGCCGGAUGGAGCGAUGCGUCCCCUGAGGAGGAACUGGAAAUCCUUUAUCCACCUGGAGAGGCUUUCAUCCGAAAAGAUUUGGAGGAGGUGAUUAAGGGUGAUGCAAUCACGUUGACAUGUGAAGUGUCGGAUCUGGGACGACCCGAAUCUGACGAAUUCAUUUGGAAGAGGGGUGGACAUGUGGUCACUCAUGUGACCUCAUUCAAUUGGACCAUCGAGCCGGUGACGCUCGAGACAGAGGCCAAUAUCUCAUGUGUGGCUGUUAACGAAGUCGGUGAAGGAGAACCCGACUUUAUCGGCAUCGAAGUUUUUGCUCCCCCCACCUUCAUUGAGCGACUUCCCCCUUACACUGGAGCCAUGGCCGAAUCUGACAACUUUUCCGUCGAGUGUCAGGUGGAAUGUUCCCCACUUUGCGACAUCUUUUGGCUCAAAGAUGGCAUUCCAAUUGGCGAGGACGACGAGAGGUUCUCCAUCAACACCACAUUAGUGGAGGCGGACUUGGCCAAGAACGAUUUCGAAUCCGUCCGUUCGACACUCAUCUGGAACAUUGAAAACUGGCCAGGAGCAAAAUUGGACAGGGUCAUUGACAACGCUAAUUACACGUGCCAAAGCACGGGCAAUCUCGUGGGCAACGAAGGAGUCAUCUCAACGACCUAUUUCAGAGUGGAAUAUCCUCCGGAAAAUAUCGAGAUUUCGGACGCCAUCAUUCGCCUGGAGGAGGGUUCUUCCAGGGAGAAGGUCCUCUGCACGGCCGAGGCCUACCCCGAGGCGAAUUACAUUUGGAAAUUCAACAAUGAAAAUGUGGCCGCUGAUAAUCUCCUCUUUUUCGACGGUGGAAUAUCAAAGGACCAAGCUGGAAUCUACACCUGCGUGGCCCAAAAUAAACACGGCGCUGCUGAAAUUGGAACGGAAAUUGAUGUCCUUUAUAAACCCGAAUGUCAGAUUGAACAGAACGAAGACGACGGCUACAUUGUGCUGACAUGCGAGGCCUUGGCCAAUCCUGAAGAGGUCACUUUCGGAUGGCAUCGAGUCAAUGCCACGGUUUUAGAUGAAGACGUCACAUCCAAUGGUCUGAUUAGCCAGGUUCGCUUGGAUCCCAGCCCCGAUAAUUUUGGAACUUAUUAUUGCUACGUCAACAACUCCAUCGGAGCUGGUCAACCCUGCGAGAUCGAUGUCCAAGGAAUGGGACUGAUUCGAAUGGGGAAUGCUAAUCUCAUCCUCAUUGUGGCCGUGGUGGCCGCCCUCAUCGUGGCCGUUCUGAUCAUCAUUGUCUGCAUCAUUCUCAUUUGCCGGAAGAAAAAGAAAAGUCCAGACGAGAAAUAUAUUAACCAACGAGACCUCGAGGAGCGAGAAAAAGCUUCUCCAAGCGACGAUGGAGAUCCACCCCGUCCAAAUGGGGCCGAGCCAUCCGACGACUCGACCAAUAAGGGCGGAGACCCUUCAGAUGCCCCGGAGGGUGGCGAUGAUCAACAGAAAUCCACGCAACACAAGUGGCCGAUUCGGCCAGGCGUGCACGUACACGUCAACGGGCGGAAUAACCUCAACAAUAACAACAAUGCCGCGAAUGGUUCCAAGUCCCACCCAUCCGGUUCCGAGGCUUCGGAUGAUGGUCCCGGGUCUUCCGAUCAUGGACCACACGAUUCCGGUGAUCCAACAGAAAUGCAAUGGCAUGAUUCUAACCCCCUCACAGUCAGACCGUUGUCCAGCUCAACCCAGCUACCAACACCAUCAUCAUCAACAACAGCAACACCAACAGUUGCAUCAGCAUCAGCAUCAUCCUUCCCCCCAACUACCCUGCCGACUAGCCCACAAGGCACCUUAAAGACGGUGGCCUUUAAAGGAACUUCGACUGCAUCCUUGACUCCUGUAAAUAAAUUAGAUAGUUCCAACACCCUGCUUCCCAGACAACCAGAUCACGGGAACAAAAGUAGUCCCGACAGUGGCCAUCCCAGUGAUGACACGAACCCUUUGAGUAACGGUGAUGGAAAGGGAUUCUACGAGAACCUUCCGUUCCAUGGGAUACAACGGCCAAAUAAGAAGCGAGAAGAAUUGCAAAAUCAGAGUUCCGCCAAGACGUUUGCCUCAUACGUCAAUCAGUCCUUCCCUCCCCCUCCUCCUCCCCUCACUAGUUUGGAUCCACCCAUAUCCUCCAAAGAAGGCGAAAUGGGCGUGGACGUUGGAUCAUCGCAGCACCCAAACUCAAGUCGUCCAUCAAGUCAGCUUAGUCAGAAUGGAUCCUCUGGCUAUGGAUCCACUCGCAGUCAAGUUUGCCCAUUCUCAAACACCAAUCGGGCCGCUCACAUUGCAGAGGGUAACAACAAAUCACCCUCAACAUCUUCAGAGGAGUCCGUAGGAGAAAUGGGACAAAAACUAGCCACUUGGGGUUCGAUGCGAGUGCCUGCUCUCGACUCGAGGUCAGACAAUCCCACCAUAGUUCGAGCCAGCAAGCAGCCUCAGCCCCAAUUCGCGUCCCUGAGGAUUCCCAACAGGAUCAGGGUCCAACCCAGUGAGGGUCAACUUCGGGUUCGACCUCAUGACAUUCCCUCUCGUUUGGAAGAAGAGGAAGAAGUGGAGGAAGAUCCAGGUUUGGACCUCAUUGACGCUGAGGUCGAGUCAGACGAUGGCCAAGACGGCCCCAUUCCCGCCCCUAGAGGUCCCCGACAAAGGCCAUGCUAUAUGAACAUGCCAAAUCCUCUAAGAUCUGCACAUAGUGUCGAUGAAAUGCAGGUCUAUACAGCUGUUCCCUUCAACAUCAAUAACCAUCAGAGUCUCCCACGGCAUUUCCUCCGAGAAGUCAGUCCAGUUACUCACAAUGGCCAAAUGGGUGUAGGAACCCUCUCCCAUCUUCAGAACCAACUAACUAAUAAUUUUCUAAGACACAAUGUAGGCGCUCGAGCGCCGGGUCUACCGGGCAACCAUCCAUCGAAUAACAUCCUGCCCACUGUUUCGGCCACCUUGUAUGACCAACUGCCUUCGGCCUCCUCCACAUCCUCGUCCUCGGCCAAUUCAUCGCAUCACAGCCAAAGGCCCAACCCUCCCACGGUCUCUUUUAAACCGUCAAUGCCCAUGCAUCGACACCCCAUGGUUGGUCACCUGACCAUGGGCCGAACCUCCUCGCCCAAUGGGAUGAUGAUGGCCUCGGAUCCCCACCACAGAUCAGCCUCGCAUGCUGGCGGGCCCAAACAGUUUGACUCGUAUUAUUACCACCCUGCUACCCUCCAAAGACCAGCACCAUGUUCUAGUCAAGUUCCCAAAGGUCUUCCUAGUCAGACUGUAACUAACCGUGUGGUUUAUGCCGAUCUUAACCUACACUCGGGGCAAGAUCCUCGUUUGGAGGGUCGAUCCACUGAUUAUGCUGUUCUCAAGUUUAACCCCAAUCAACAAGUUGGCAAGGAGAUUGAUGUGUGACUAGAUCAACACCUGCCCACUCGCCACUAGAAUCCCACCACCGUUUCCAAGUGAGUGCUUGUCCGUCCCAAGUAAAGUGAGUAGUCCAAUGGGAUUCUCCUCUUAGGCAUCUAUUUACACUUCUCGUUAGAUGGAUCCCCUUUACCCUAGCCAAGAUCCACAAUUUCCCCGAGCUCCUCGACCCGACUUUG